CGUUACAUACCUAUCUGAAGCCACGCCCUCCAUUAUAAAUGAUUGACAGAUGUUUCUACCAAUACUUUUUGGUUCACAGACCUACGUCACACUCGUCUUCUUCUGUGGUACUACGGGAAUUCAACUUCCGUCUACAUCGUCCUCUGCAAAUAACAACCAUGGGCAGUGUUUUGGCUGCCAGCUCCCCCAGCCCAGCACCACCAACCCCUGGUGGUGCUGCUGGCCCUGGGUUGACGGUGCCACCAGGCUUUGGGAUGCCUCCAGUGUCCUCAAUUAUACCACAGACAGGGGACGCCUCUGGGCAACAGCAGGAGACGGAGAGCUCAUUACCCAAUCCAGGUGCAUUUGAUGAGUGUCAUCGCAAAUGCAAAGAGGUUUUCCCUAUGCAGAUGGAAGGUGUCAGACUAGUUGUCAACAAGGGCCUUAGCAACUACUUCCAGGUGAAUCACACUGUAUUGCUGAGCAGCGUAGGCGAUUCCAGCUACAGAUUUGGUGCUACAUACGUUGGAUCAAAGCAGAUGGGUCCAGCAGAGAGUUUUCCAGUCAUGGUGGGUGACAUGGACAACAGCGGCAGCCUUAAUGCUCAGAUCAUUCACCAGCUUGCCAACAGAAUUCGAUCCAAAGUGGCCUUUCAGACACAACAACAAAAAUUUGUGAACUGGCAAGCUGAUGCUGAGUUCAAGGGAGACGACUUUACGGCAACUAUUACACUUGGAAACCCAGAUGUCCUCAGUGGCUCUGGUAUUGUUGUAACACACUACCUGCAGUCCAUCACACCAGCCCUGGCUUUGGGAGGGGAGCUAGUUUAUCACCGCAGGCCAGCAGAAGAGGGCGCUGUGAUGUCUUUGGUUGGCAGAUACACAGGCAGUAACUACAUCGCCACAUUGACACUUGGCUCAGCAGGGGCUCAUGCUUCAUACUACCACAAAGCUAAUGAUCAGUUGCAGGUCGGUGUGGAGUUUGAAGCAAGCGCUCGUAUGCAAGACACCAGUGUGUCGUUCGGUUACCAGCUAGACGUGCCUAAAGCCAAUUUACAGUUUAAAGGGUCAGUAGACAGCAACUGGAUAGUUGGUGCUACGUUAGAAAAGAAGCUGCUCCCUCUUCCUCUCUCUCUGGUCCUUUGCUCCUUCCUCAAUCAUCGCAAAAACAAGUUCCAGUGUGGGUUCGGUGUCACUAUUGGUUAAAGCGACUGACGGUGGGUUGUUGGCCUGCAGAAAGACUUCACAGAACAGACAGACUCACUGUGGAUGAAUUAUGUUCGUUACACUCAUCACCUCAGUCUGUCUGACUUCUUCAGCAAUCCUAGUGUUUAAUUGGUUUCCUAGGUUCAUCAAAGGUGACAAAUAGAAGGUAAUAUAAAUCUUAUGACCCAAGUUCUUGACCCAGUGACUAAAACUGCAACAAAGAAUGUGAGUGCUCAGAAUUUUGACUGUGGCUCUCGAAAACACAAACCAGUACGACGUGAAGAGACGUUACAGUAUUAGCGGGCUCUUUCUUUCACACUGAGUUUAGUGCCUGUUGCGUUUUUGUUUUUUACUUUUAUUCUUGUUUUUUUUACUUUGAAGUUUUGUCUUGCGUGCAUGAGUGAAAUCACCUUUUGCUUGUUGAAAGGCGAUUAAAUGGGCACAGACAAGUUUAUUAGCUGUAGGGAAGAAGUGUGGAAUCCUGUGUCACAAUCAGUCAUUUGUUCUGUUGCCUUUUUUAUGUUGGGUACUUGUGGAUCAGUGUAUGACCUGUGUAUAUACCUCUUGGAAACUGAUAAAUACAAUUUCUUAAAAAAACA